AUGUCUUGCGUGCGCGACCUCGCCCUCCUGCUCGGGGCUGCUGCCGCCGCCGCCGCCGCCGCGCCCGGCACCCUCGCCGUCGGCCUCGAGAAGCGCCGUCCGGCCGCCCCCCCCCGACCGCCGCCGCUGCUGCGCCCCCGCGGCGCCGCGGCCGCGCUCAACGCCUCCGUCGUCGCGCUGGCCGCGCUCAACAACGUCACCGCCGGCGGCUACCUCGCCGACCUGGGCGUCGGCACCCCCCCGCAGCCGCUGACGGUGCAGCUCGACACGGGCAGCAGCGACACCUGGGUCAACGCCGCCGGCUCGGCCUACUGCGCCGACGACGCGCAGCAGUCCCUGACGGGCUACUGCACCGCCACGUUCGACCCCGCCAAGAGCUCCACGUACGCGCUCGUCAGCCAGGCCGGCUUCAGCAUCACGUACCUCGACGGGCGCCGCAUCUCCGGCAGCUACUUCAACGACACCGUCACCGUCGGCGGCCGCCCCGUCGCCGCCCAGCAGCUCGGGCUGGCGCUGUCGUCGGACCGGCCCUCGGGCAUCAUGGGCCUCGGCCUGCGCGCCAACGUCGCCGCCCGCGCCAAGUAUCCCACCCUCGUCGACACCAUGGUCGCCCAGGGCGUCAUCGACCGCCCCUGCUUCAGCCUGUACCUGAACGACAUUGGCGCGCAGAGCGGCUCCGUCCUCUUUGGCGGCAUCGACACGGCCAAGUUCAGCGGCGGCCUGGCCGUCCUGCCCCUGCAGCCGCUUCCGGCGCGCGGCGCCUCCUCCUCCGCCGCCGCCGCCGCCGCCGCCGCCGCCGCCAACGUCACCUCGUACGCCGUGUCCAUCCGCGGCGUCGCCGCCACCGGCCUGUCGCUGCCCGCCGCCGCCGCCGGCUCCGUCGCCGUCCUCGACUCCGGGUCCACCGUCACCCUCGUGCCCGGCCCCCUCGCCGAUCAGCUGCAGAGCCCGUUCGGCGUCGCCGUCGUCUCCUACCGCGGCGAGUCGACCCCGCCCCUGGUCGACUGCGCCUACGCCGGCCCCAAGGGCAGCGGCGUCCGCUUCGACUUCCUCUUCGACGGCGUCACCGUCGCCGUCCCCAUGCGCGAAAUGGUCGUCGACGCCCUGCCCGCCCUGAUCCGCGCCGCCGACCCCGAGGCCCUGGGCCUGCCCUCCCGCGCCAAGGACUGGCAGGGCAUCUGCCUGUUCGGCAUCGGCUCCUCCAGCGCCUACGGCGUCCAGUCCGACCGCUUCUACCUCCUGGGCGACACCUUCCUGCGCUCCGCCUACGUCGCCUACGACAUGCAGGCCCUGCAGGUCGGCCUGGCCCAGGCCAGCCUCAACGCCACCGAGUCCAACAUUGUCGCCCUUUCCGCCGCCAGCACGGGGCUGCCCCAGCUCACCGGCACCGGCAGGAACACUACCGGCGCUGGCACCUCUUCCCAAGGUAAUGCCGCUGGCCGGCCGACGCCCUCGUUCCUUGCUGCCAGUGCCCUCAUGGCCCUCGCUUUUCUGUGUCCUUGGCUGUGA